GUAUACACAUAAAAAGAUGAAACGAAACGUCUUUACAUCUGUCAGACAAUCAGCCGAUUGCGACUGAAUAUUUUUUAGAGGUUGUAAUUACAUAAGGACCGAAUUUUGCAAGAAGAAUGGCUGGAGGAGAAUCAGUUGAUGAAUCCCAAUUCAAGGGUCUCUCCAAGUACUUUAACAGUACUACUAACAGAGGCAGAGCAAACACGGCAAAGGCUACAUAUGCAUUCUUCGGAGCUGUUAUAUUAUAUUAUACUUUAAAGCCAAAAUCCAAGAAGUAAAAUUUCAUCUAUGGAAUACCUUCUUAAUUUAAGUUAAGCCUUGUAAUUAUGGUUUCAUCAGUGCAAGUUUUAAUUAUUUAGUGCAAAUAAUAAAUCAUGUGAAAUGUA